GAUUGCAAAUGAAAAAUAAAGGAAAUAAAAUUUGAUUAGCCAUUUAUCCGUGUCCCAUAGGUUGCUUUAACAAUAAAUAGUCUAAUGAAUCAUAAUACUUAAGUAUACUUUAGCAAGAUUUACAAUGUAACUACGAAUGGUAUUGUAUUUAACAUAAAAUGUAGGUUUUACAAUAGGAGUCUUGAGUGGAACAGAACAAUAUUUAGAAUAUCGUUACAUGGCUAUAGUUGAUGAUAGAGUUUCAAUAAAUUGUUUAAAUUUUAAAGUCAAAGAAAUUGUCUUCAUUCCUUAUCUUAAGUAUUGGCAUCUAAAAUGACUAGAUAGUUUGUCAAAGUACCUAAAUCAUGGGUAUUCUUAACUGGAGUAAGAUAAUAAAGCAAUAACUUUUAAUUUUAAUAAGGUAUGACAAAUGAUUGGUCUAUAUUAUAGAUGUAAGAAAUGAAGGUAUAAUGCUGAAGUUUACAUCUAUAGAUACUGAAAUAUUAGGAGUUUGAGUUGUAGCUGGU